AUUUACUAAUUCGUUUUCACUUACCUACUAUUAUUUUUUUAUUAAUUAUUUUUUUUUGUUAUUAUUUAAUUUAUACUUAAUCUACAUGUCGGAAUCUGAAGAGUCGGUGUCCACUGUGUCGCCUGUUUCCUCGGUUGCAUCCUCUCCAACCGUUUUGACAAAAUCACCUGUACAGAAAGAUGUUGCCCUUACUGGCGUCACUGCCCAGAGGCCUACUCUGGGUCAUCCGUCUACUGCAGUUAUGGUGACUGCGGCCAUUAAAACGUUGAAUGAUAAAAAGGGCACCACUCUGCAGGCGAUUAAAAAAUAUUUGGCCGUACAUUAUCAAAUGGACUCGGCCAAGUCUGCACCAUACAUCCGCAGGUAUUUGAAAGCAGCCGUCACCAAGGGUGAUUUGAUUCAAACGAACGGCACUGGCGCUAAGGGUAAAUUCAAACUACCGAUCGAGGCGAAAAAACCUGCCGCGAAGAAGAAAAAAGCAGUAGUGACCAAGAAGAAACCGGAUGCGAAAAAACCUACUGCUGUCAAGGCAGUAACGUCAACCAAACGAAAAUCUAUCGACGGGACGACGACGACAUUAUCGAAUGUAAAGAAAUCUAAAAAAGUAAUUACGACUGUUGUCAAACCAAAACCCAAAACGGUCAAGGGAGUUGCCAAAGAUUCUACGGCUAAAACAAAAAAGAUGGAAUCUGCGGCUAACAAAUCGAAGACAGCUAAGGUUGUUGUUAAGAAGGUCCCAGCAAAAAAAGCAGCAGCACCCAAAAAAAAGUAGACCAAGCUAUAUUAAAAUAGUAAAUGUAUAAGUAUUGAACGGUAACAAUUUAUAAAAGGUCCUUAUCAGGACCGCAAA